UUCUUGAAGAGGCGUGGAAGCAAGAAAAAGAAAAAAAAGAAGAAAACUAGGGUUAGGGUUUGACUCGAGCGAAAAAAUCCAAUCUCAGGCCUUAAAUUGCCAGAUUCCGGCAAGAUCGGCGGUAUUGCGACGAUCCCACGUCUCGAUCUGCAGCCUGGUUUUCGAAAACCGGAAAACGGCAUAGAAACGGCUGCGAAAUCGUCGGAAAACGCGUCCGGAACCUUAAAACCGCUUUUCGGGCGGGGCGGAAAUGCGGGGGAAGAGAGGGAGGCGGUUUUUGUGGGCUGGAAUUGCAGGAGAGUGGUUUUUGUCAGCGGUUUCGUGAAAAGCGGGUUUUUGUGUCUGUGGGGGUGUUUCUGUAAUUCCAAAGUUUUUGCAGGGCCAUUUUGCAUUUUUUCAUGCAGGCUGGCUCGCAGGGUGGCGGUGGCGGGCCUGGGCGGAAUCCGGCGGUGGCACCGCCUGGGCGGUCGGGUUCUUCCGCGGCGGCAUCGCCAUCGUCUUCGUCUUCUGGAUUUGAUUCAAUGCAGCAGCAGAUUGCUUUCAGACAGUCUCUACAGCAGCAGCAGCAGCUCAGGAAGUCUGAAGGAGAUGAAGCCCUUUUAGCUUAUCAGGCAGGUGGUGUCCAUGGAGUCAUGGGAGGGAGCAACUUCCCUUCACCUUCUUCCUCUGUAUCUUUGCCUCAACAAUCAAGGAAGUUCAUAGAUUUGUCUCAACAAGGUGGUGGUGCCACUCAGAUUCGCGAGGAAAACCAGAAUAAAGGGCAUGGCAUGGAACAGAAUGUGCUAAACCCAAUUCAUCAAGCUUACCUCCAGUAUGCUUUCCAGGCUGCCCAGCAGAAGUCUCAUGGGAAUAUGCAACCACAGCAGCAAGCUAAAAUGGGAUUUGUUGGUCCAUCUGGAAAAGAUCAAGACAUGCGCAUGAACAAUCUUAAAAUGCAGGAGCUUAUGUCUAUUCAGGCAACUAAUCAGACACAGGCAGCUAUGUUCAAGAGGUCAGGUGAACAUUUUUCUCAUGGUGAGAAGCAAAUCGAGCAAGGGCAGACGAGUGCCGACCAACGCAGCGAGUCAAAACCUCCCCAAGCAUCGAUUGGACCGUUAACAGGAGCAAACAUGAUAAGACCUGCGCAACCGCAACAGGCUCAACCAAACAUGCAAAGCAUUGCAAACAACCAGUAUGCGAUGGCUCAGUUGCAAGCGAUGCAGGCUUGGGCAUUGGAGCAUAAUGUAGAUCUUUCCCUUCCUGCCAAUGCUGGUUUGGUUGCUCAAAUUCUUCCCCUUUGGCAAUCUAAAAUGGCAGCGAUGCAGAAACCAAAUGAAAACAACGCAGUUAUGCAUCCGUCACGGCUCCCUCCAUCAAAGCAACAGAUUACUUCUUCUUCACCAGUUGCCAAUGAAAACUCGAUCCAUGGGAAUUCAUUGAGUGAUGUGUCCAGCCCUGGCUUGUCAAAAACCAGACAGGCACAUCCUUCCGGGCCUUUUCCAAAUGCUGGGAAUGUUACCAUGGUCAAUUCCAAUAACAUUCAGAUGCAGCAACUCGGAAUGCAAGGGCGGGAAAACCAGACCGAGAGGAUUCCUAGACAUCAAAUCAUGACUGGAAAUGGGAUGCCGUCAAUGCAUCCACCUCAGGCACCUGCAAGCAUGAACCAGAGCAUUGAUCCUUCGAUUAGAAAGAAUGCUGAAACAUUGCAAAUGCAAUACUUCAGGCAGGUGCAACAGUUGAACCGACCUACUUCACAGCCCGCAGUUCCUUCCGGUGAGGGCUCGAACUCGAGCAAUAACAUUCCGUCUCAGGUUGCACCUGUAGCCCAGGUGCCACAGCAACGUUUUGGGUUUACUAAACAGCAACUUCAUGUUCUUAAGGCACAAAUAUUAGCAUUCAGGCGUUUGAAGCGAGGUGAAGGUACUCUUCCACAGGAAGUUCUUCAGGCCAUUGUUCCACCACCCCUUGAGUCAGAUCCACCACAGGUUCUUCCUUCUCCAGGAAUGGUUAACCAGGAUAAGAAUGCUGGGAAGAAUGUUGAAGAGCAUGCGAGAUAUUUAGAGUCCAAUGACAAGGCUCCGCAGCUCACGCCUUCAAGCAAAGGACAAGAUCUGCUAAAAGAGGAAUCCUCCACAGGAGACGAUAAAGCAACUGUGUCCACUCUCCCACAGGGAGCGACAGGUGCAGUGAAGGAACAUAUGCAGUCAGGAUCUGCUGGAAAGGAAGAUCACAACACCAUAGCUUCUAUUAAGUCCGAGCAGGAAGUUGAACGGGGGAAUCAGAAAAGUUCUAUUAAGUUUGAUGCUAGUGCAGAUAAGGGAAAGGCUAUUCCACUGCAGGGUGCUGCAUUGGAUGCUGUGCAAGCUAAGAAACAAACUCACACAAGUACUCCACCUCCAAAAGAUGCUAAUGGCACAAGAAAGUAUUAUGGCCCUCUUUUCGAUUUUCCUUAUUUUACUCGGAGACAUGACUCCUUUGGCUCAUCAACAAUUGUUAAUAACACAAAUAACUUAACACUAGCAUACAAUGUGAAGGAUUUGCUAUUUGAGGAAGGCGUGGAAGUGCUUAACAAGAAAAAGGUGGAGAAUUUGAAAAAGAUUGGUGGUCUACUUGCAGUGAACUUGGAGCGGAAAAGGAUCAAACCUGAUCUUGUUUUGCGGCUACAAAUUGAACAGAAAAAGCUUCGACUAUUAGAUUUUCAGGCACAUUUAAGAGAUGAAGUUGACCAGCAGCAGCAAGACAUUAUGGCAAUGCCUGACAGGCCGUAUCGGAAGUUUGUUAGGCUAUGUGAACGCCAGCGCAUGGAGCUUGCGAGGCAAGUGCAGCUCUCUCAAAAGGCCAUGAGAGAAAGGCAACUAAAAUCCAUCUUUCAGUGGCGCAAGAAGCUUCUUGAAGCCCAUUGGGUUAUUCGUGAUGCACGUACUACCCGAAACAGGGGAGUUGCCAAAUAUCAUGAAAAAAUGUUGAGAGAGUUCUCUAAAAGAAAGGAUGAAGAUAGGAACAAAAGAAUGGAGGCAUUGAAAAAUAAUGAUGUUGAUAGGUACCGUGAAAUGUUACUGGAGCAGCAGACCAACAUUCCAGGUGAUGCAGCUCAGAGAUACAAUGUUCUCUCAUCGUUUUUGUCUCAGACAGAAGAAUACCUCCAUAAACUUGGAGGGAAAAUAACAUCUGCAAAGAAUCAUCAAGAGGUGGAAGAGGCAGCAAAUGCAGCAGCAGCAGCUGCCCGGUCUCAGGGUCUUUCAGAAGAAGAAGUUAAGGCAGCAGCAGCUUGUGCAAGGGAGGAAGUAAUGAUUAGAAAUCGGUUCUCUGAAAUGAAUGCACCAAGGGAAAACUCCUCUGUAAACAAGUAUUAUAAUCUUGCACAUGCUGUGAGUGAAAGAGUUGUAAGGCAACCCUCAAUGCUGCGGGCCGGAACUUUACGAGACUAUCAGCUUGUUGGGCUACAAUGGAUGCUAUCAUUGUAUAACAACAAGUUAAAUGGGAUUUUGGCGGAUGAAAUGGGUCUGGGAAAGACUGUACAGGUCAUGGCAUUGAUGGCUUAUUUGAUGGAAUUCAAAGGGAACUAUGGGCCUCAUCUUAUAAUUGUUCCAAAUGCUGUAUUGGUUAAUUGGAAGAGUGAGCUACACAGUUGGCUGCCUUCUGCAUCAUGCAUUUUUUACGUUGGUGGAAAGGAUCAACGCUCAAAGUUGUUUUCUCAGGUGGUUAGUGCCAUGAAGUUUAAUGUACUCGUUACAACUUACGAGUUUGUGAUGUAUGAUCGUGCAAAGCUAUCGAGAGUUGACUGGAAGUAUAUUAUAAUUGAUGAAGCUCAGCGUAUGAAAGAUAGGGAAUCAGUUCUGGCACGUGACCUUGAUAGGUAUCGUUGCCAGAGACGGUUGCUUCUGACUGGGACUCCCUUACAGAAUGAUCUGAAGGAGCUUUGGUCCCUUCUAAAUUUACUCCUCCCAGAAGUAUUUGAUAAUCGCAAGGCAUUCCAAGAUUGGUUCUCGAAGCCCUUUCAAAAGGAUGGCUCUUCAGAAAGUGCAGAGGAUGACUGGCUUGAGACCGAGAAGAAAGUCAUCAUCAUACACCGUCUUCAUCAAAUUCUGGAGCCGUUUAUGCUCAGACGACGCGUUGAAGAUGUCGAAGGUUCACUUCCUCCCAAGGUCUCCAUUGUUUUGAGGUGUAAAAUGUCUGCAAUCCAAGGUACCAUAUAUGAUUGGAUCAAAUCUACUGGUACUAUCAGAGUUGAUCCUGAGGAUGAGCAAAGGAGGGUCGAGAAGAAUCCAAUGUACCAGGUCAAGAAGUAUAAGAAUCUUAACAACAGAUGCAUGGAGCUGCGUAAAGCUUGCAAUCAUCCUUUGCUUAAUUACCCUUAUUUCAGUGACCUGUCCAAAGACUUCCUUGUGAGAUCUUGUGGAAAGCUUUGGAUCCUAGAUAGGAUUCUCAUAAAACUUCAAAGAACUGGACACCGCGUGCUUCUCUUUAGUACCAUGACAAAGCUUCUUGAUAUAUUAGAGGAGUACUUGCAAUGGCGACGGCUCGUCUACAGAAGAAUUGAUGGAACAACUAGCUUAGAAGAUCGUGAAUCAGCUAUUGUGGACUUCAAUGCCCCUGAUUCCAAUUGCUUUAUCUUCUUGCUCAGUAUUCGUGCUGCCGGAAGAGGCCUGAAUCUUCAGACUGCAGACACUGUUAUCAUCUAUGAUCCUGAUCCAAAUCCCCAAAAUGAAGAACAAGCAGUUGCCAGGGCUCAUCGCAUUGGACAGAAGAGAGAGGUCAAAGUCAUAUACAUGGAAGCAGUUGUUGACAAAAUCUCUAGUUAUCAGAAAGAAGAUGAAUUGAGGAACAGUGGUUCAGUUGAUUUAGAGGAUGAUCUUGUGGGUAAGGGUCGAUACAUGGGAUCCAUUGAGAGCCUUAUCCGCAAUAAUAUUCAACAAUAUAAGAUAGAUAUGGCAGAUGAGGUCAUAAAUGCUGGGCGCUUUGAUCAGCGCACUACACAUGAAGAGAGGCGUUUGACUUUAGAAACAUUGUUGCAUGACGAGGAGAGGUGUCAAGAAAAUGUUCAUGAUGUUCCCUCACUACAGGAGGUGAAUCGCAUGAUAGCUCGGAGUGAAGAAGAGAGAGAGCUCUUCAAUCAGAUGGAUGAAGAGUUUGAUUGGACGGAGGAGAUGAUCAAGUACAAUCAAGUUCCGAAAUGGCUUCGAGCUGGAACGAGAGAAGUAAAUGCUGUUAUAGCUAAUCUAUCUAAGAAGCCACCAAAGGACGGUUUAGUUGUUGAUUUUGGCAUAGAACCAAGUGAAACUCCUGGUGAUGUAUCUCCUACCAAAACCGAGAGAAAGAGGGGGCGGCCAAGGGGUUCCUCCAGAAUAAAAAAGUAUUCCAUGUACUUGGAGAUAGACGAUGAAAAUGUAGAAGAUUCUGAAGCAAGUACAGACGAGAAGAAUGGGUAUUCUUUGCAUGAAGAAGAGGGAGAAAUUGGAGAGUGUGAAGAUGAAGAACUUAGUGUGGCAGUUGGUGCACCACCCAAUAAUACGGAUCAGUCGGAAGAUGAGGAUCCAGCCGCUGGCCCCUAUGAAUUUCCUCGAGAAUUAGAGGGUGCUAGAAGCAAUCAUAUGUAUGAAGCAGGUUCGUCAGGAUCUUCAUCUGGAAGUCGAAGACUGGCUCAGACUGCAACCCCUUCCAUAUCUUCCCAGAAGUUUGGAUCUCUUUCUGCACUAGAUGCUCGGCCUGGCUCUCUCACAAGAAGGACGGGUGAUGAUCUAGAGGAAGGAGAAAUUGCAGGGUCAGGUGAUUCUCACAUGGAACUCCAACAAUCUGGAAGUUGGAUUCAUGAACGAGAUGAUGGCGAGGAUGAACAGGUGUUGCAACCAAAAAUAAAGCGGAAGCGUAGCAUUCGCGUUCGUCCUAGGUCUAAUUUAGAAAGGCUUGAAGAGAAAUCUAAUGGUGAAAAGCUUUUCCCUCAGCGUGGGAGUGCUUCUGAACUGCCCUCAUCAAUGGACCAUAACUAUGAAGCACAAUUAAGGAUCAAUCCCGAACUCGAGGGAUUCAGCGACCCUGUUGCUGAUAGGCAUGAUCCAGUUGACUCAGUUUCAAAACAGAGGCACAACUUGACAUCACGAAAGGUUCCCGGUUCUUCGAAAUUGCAUGUUAUGCCAAAACCCUGCAAGUCGAAUAGUUUGCGAGUCCCUGCUGUGGAUUCAUCAGAACACUCUAGAGAAUGCUGGAACAGUAAAGCUAUGAACACAGGUGGGCCUGUAUUUUCUGGCACAAAGAUGUCGGACAUUGUUCAAAGAAAGUGCAAGAAUGUGACUAGCAAGUUCCAAAGAAGAGUAAAUAAAGAUGGUCAUCAGAUUGCGCCAAUCUUAACGGAGUUUUGGAAGAGUGAACACCCAAGUUACAUGGCUGCGAAUAAUCUCUUAGAUCUACGGAGGAUUGAUCAACGCGUGGAGAGGUUAGAGUAUAAUGGGGUGAUGGACUAUGUGUCGGACGUGCAGUUGAUGUUGAAGAGUGCAGCUCAGUAUUGCGGAUACUCUCACGAGGUGAGAUCGGAAGCGAGAAAGCUACAUGAUCUUUUCUUUGACGUAAUGAAGAUUGCAUUCCCGGACACAGAUUUCCGGGAAGCAAGAAGUGCCCUCACAUUUUCGAGCCCUGGAGCCACAGUCGCCCGUUCCCCGAGGCAGGCCGUGGCCAGCCACACCAAGCGGCACAAGCUGAUCAAUGAGGUUGAACCAGAGCAGGGUCCCAUGAGGCAAUUGCAACGUGGGCCCAGCCCCACUGGUAUGGACGCCAGGACCCAGGGUCACCCAUCCAAGCCCCACAAGGAAUCCAGGCUGGCCAGCAGUAGCAGCAGCCGGGAUCAUGGUCCACCAGAUGAGGCCCCGUGGCUGACCCACCCAGGAGAUCUGGUCAUCUGCAAGAAGAAGAGGAAAGACCGGGACAAGGCCCUUGUUGUCAAUUCAAGGAGUGGCCCAAUGUCUCCUGUCAGCAUGCCUCGCAGUGUCAAGGUCGGCCCAGUGAGGACCUAUCAACCACCCCAUCAGGUGGCACAUCCGCACAAGUGGCCGGCCCAGCAGGGCAAUGAUGGUGGCAGGUCAGGGGGUCUAAAAGAGGCCCAGUGGGCUAAACCUGUAAAGAGGAUGAGAACAGAUGCAGGUAAAAGGAGGCCAAGCCAUUUAUGAGAGAUCUCACAGUGUACAUAUAUACAAUGUGAUCGGCCAAUUUUUCUUCCCUAUUGAUUUCAGGUGUAAGUGUAGUGGGCCAUCCUGCCUGUACAAUUAAGUCGGCCAUCUCCAUUUGUAUCCUUUAUUACCCUUUUUUUUGUUUUUUGUCACUACCAUAUAACUUUCAAUCAAUAUGGUAGAAAAAACAGAAAUGAAAAAGAAAAGAAAAUCCAUUUUGAGUAGGAA